UGUCUCGAGCUUGCUUCAUUCGCUAUAGUUGGAAACGCAGGCCUACUUUGCGUCGAGUUUUUUCCUUCACACCAGGCUUACUGUCGAUGGAUGCAAGCUGUAGUAGUACAUACCAGUUACUUUUAGAACAUUGAGCUGCCCUGAAAUGAUGUCUGAACUCCAUCAGGCCGCAGCAUCGGGGGAUGUUGACCUCGUGGAGGACAUUCUGAGGCAGAACAAAUACGACCCCAACCAGAGGGACGUGGACUGGAACAACAGAACUCCACUGCAUUGGGCUGCCGCUCGAGGUCAGUCGGAGAUGGUGCGCCUCCUCGUGGAGCACGGGGCUGAGCCAGGCCUCUGCACGGAGAGCGGGUGGACGGCCGCACAUUUUGCCGCGGAGGCCGGCCGACUGCAGGUGCUGCGGACCCUGCACACCCUCCACGCCCCUCUGGACAAUGAGGACUGCUGCGGGGACAAGCCCGUCAGGAUCGCAGAGAUCUACGGCCACGGGGACUGCGUGCAGUUCCUCAAGAGGGCAGAGGAAGACAAUCGCCGUUGCACACACUCCACUUUGUUGUCAGGGUCGACUCAGAAUGACGCUGACCAAGAAUGGGAGCAGCCAAAAAGAGUCACAGAACAGCAACAGCGGAUGGCAAAGAAAGUGAAGGUGCAGGUGCAGGCUCCAGACCCAAAAUCAAAGUUGAGAAACUAAGGCAGGUACGGCAUGCCGUAACAAGAAUGAAAAAACCCUGAAAGUCAUGGAUCAUCAAAGUCAAGGCCAUGUAUACACUUUUCAAACAAACUCUCUCAGAAAUUCUGCAGGUUGAG